GUCAAAGCACCCGCCUGACCCGAUCCAACCCUGCAUCCAAAUCAUCUUCCUCUCUCCCAAAGCACACGCAGAGGCAGAGUUGUAUAUAUAAAUACAUAAAAUAAACAUACACGAAAAAAUAUAUAAAACUCUAUAUAUACAUAUAAUAUAUUAGCUUCACUGUAAUAUUGCUAGAGAGUGUUCACAAGGUUUCUGGUUUUUUAGCAAAAGCUGGUUUUUCAGUCAGCGUUAUAGAUUAAUAUCAGCCAUAUUUGAGAAGACAAAUGGAUCAAAAGUCACCACUUUGGAAGAGGUCAACUGAGAAGACGCUAGCAGCUGAUAGAACAGCAAAUUACAAUCCUUUUAUCAGAAAUGAAGAAAAAACUGAGGUACUUGAGCUCGUGACCGAUAAAAUAAAACUAGAAAGAGAUGCCAAAAAACAGUUCGGAGUUUCACAUGAAGCUAUUGCAGGAUAUGAAAAAGCUGAUGAAACAGAGGCACUUCACCUGAAAACAGAUCUCCAGAAAGCUUCACAGCAAAAGGCCGUUUAUGAAGGACACAUCACCCAACUGCAAAAAGCUCUAAAAGACUGCACAGAGCAACUGAAUUUCGUCCGGAAAGAACAGGAGACACGAGUCCACAGCGCCAUAAUGAAGACAUCACAGCAACACGAAAAAUCAAAGACAGCCCAAGAGGAAAAACUAUCAGAAGCCUGUAAAAAAAUCGCCCGAUUAGAAACCGAGAACUCCCAGUUCAAAAAAUCCCUCCUGAAAAAGGAUCGAGCAGUCGAGGAGCUAAGCAGGUACAAAUCACAGGUGGAAGCCGAGCUAAAAUCACUCAUCCAAAGAUUAGAGUCGACUCAGAAGGAAAAUUCCUCCCUCAAAUACGAAAUCCGGGUUCUCGAGAAAGAACUCGAGAUUCGGCACGAAGAGAGAGAGUUUGACCGCCGAACUGCCGAUGCUGCCCAAAAGAAGCAAAUCGAGAGCCUCGAGAAAAUCUCGAGACUCGAAUUUGAAUGUCAGAAGCUUCGCUCGUUCGUUCAGAAACGAAUGCUGGGCCCCACUGCCUUUGUGAGGAUGAAGAACGAAAUCGAGGGGCUUGGGAGGAAGGACUCGCCUGAAAAAUCGAGAAGAAGACGGUCAAAUCAAAGAUUGACUGGAUCGACGGAUUUACAUGCUGAUGUGGUGGGUGAAGGGUUGACUAAAAGGGUUGACUUUUUGAGCGAGCAGUUGCAGAGGAUGGAGGAAGAGAACACAAGGCUAAAAUGCGCGCUCGAGGGGAAAACAAUUGACACUUUUAAUCUGUCUGAGUUGGGCAGUGAUGAGAAAGCUAGCUUUGCUGGGUCAUGGGCAUCUGCCUUGAUAAACGAGCUUGAGAAUUUCAAGAAUGAGAAGAAAUCGAACACUUACAUGGGAACUCCAGACAUGAAACUCAUGGAUGACUUUGCAGAGAUGGAAAAGCUGGCAUAUUCACCUGCAGUAAAAGAUGGAAAAAUUAGUUUCUUAAAUUUAGAAGCAUGUGGUAAAGGAAAUGAAAAUGAAAAUUGCUCGACUGGAAAAAAGAGUGCGAGUGAGUUUAACGUGAGUGUACCGUUGAAAAAAAUUAUUGAGCUUCUUGAUGGAAUAAAUGUAGUACCACAAGAUGAUAUUGGUAAGAUUUUGCCGAGUAAGGACUUGGCAAUCCAAAUGGUUCGAGUGUUCAAAUGUGAAAGUGGGGAAGUAGCAGCUGUUUCGAGACAGUUUGUUCAAACUUGCAAUGAAUUGUUGGGUGGAGAAGCUGAUAUUGAACAGUUUGUUCUAUUGGUAGCAUCUAAUUUGGAGUGGGUUAUGAGCCACUGCUUUGAGCUUCGAGAUGUCAUGAGCACGAACGAUUAUGGUGGAUCGGGUAGACAAUCUGCAGAAACUAGUGACAUGUGCGUUGUAACAGACGAGGCAAAAACAUUGAACUUACAACCAGCAAAUAAGGAAUUAUCGAUCAAAGGUCAUGAAGAGCAGCAAAUUAAGAAGGUUGACACUUUCGGAAUUCAACUUAAAGACUCGAAUGGCAUAAUCAAGCAUUCACAGUCAGAGAAGCCUACUAAGAGGGAGUCUGUAGAUAAUAGUUCUGAAGAUCAGACUGAAGAACAGAAGAUAAUGAAACAAGACAGUCAAAGUCAGACACAGAUUGUGAAAACAAACCUUGAAUACAGCAAACCUUGCGAAGAGAUUUCACGUGGAGAAAAUGAUCACGAAAAUACUAGCAAGUCAUUCAAAGAUCUGGAAGAAACAUGCCAUGACCUGAAAAAACAGCUAGAUGGGGAGAGAAGCAAAGAAGUUACAAAUGACAAAAGUCAACUUCAAAAUGAUGCGGAAAUUACUUCGGCUUCAGAUAAAUUGGCUGAGUGCCAAGAAACCCUCCGAAAUCUGGGGAAGCAAUUAAAGGCAUUGGCUUCCCCUAAAGAUGCAGACCUUUUUGAAAAGGUUUUAUCAACACCGGCUGAUCUUGUUAUUACCCGCAUGUCAACUUCUAAAGGAAAUGGAAACCAAAGACUGUCCCUACUAGAUAAGAUGUUAGCAGAAGACAAUAAUGUUCAAAUUGGUGUCUCACCCAAAACAGAAGAUGCUACUGAGAAUGGACACGAUAAUUCUGCUUUUAGCAACAAUGCAACAUCAGAGCCUGUGAGUAACUUUACCGAUCUAAAUGAAACUGGUCAUGAUGCAGACAGAAAUGCAAUUGUUCACAAGGCUAUUGUCCCUCGUAAGAAAAAAGACAGCAAGAGUUUUCUAAAAAAGUUAAUCUGGUGGAAAAAGAGAAGUAAUGGCAAGAAAACACCUUUCCCAUGAUCUAGAAGAGGGUUGGUGGAUACAAACUUUAUAGUUAGUGCUGUUUGUGUUGCUCAUCCGAAAUAUUGUUGUCUAAUAUGUGCAUACUGUAUAGAGAGGAAUGAAGAAGAUAAAUACACAACCAUAUCGUGUUGUCCAUCUGUAUAAAACCAAGAAAAACGGAAACGGAAUAGAAUCAGA